AUGAAGAAACCUCAGCGAAACCAGGCACACGACCUCGCUAAAUACCCCAGCCUGCCCCAGGUGCCUGCUUUAGAGUUUGGACGCGGUGCCAUAGCCGCCGGGCCGCCUCUCGCCGCCUCAUGUCUUCGACCGACCCACUGCCCCUGUGCCCUGUUUGCUCACGGUGCCUCCGACACCCUCACCUCUCCCUACAACCUGCAAGCCCUACCGCCUCCAGUCCCUUCGACCACACACAGGCCCAUUGUGGGCCCCAACGCCUUCGCCUCUUCGGAAGGACUGCGCCCCUUCUUCCCCAAUGUCGCCAAUGCCAAUCGAAGAGUGAGCCUAUGA